CCGAGCAUCCUGCACAGAUGCGCACAGUCUCCCACAGUAGCCGCCGCUUCAUCUGCUCCUCCGCUGCAUCCCAAUCAUUCCUCUAUUCACCUCCUCCAUCUCGCUGCUGCAGCGGUCCGGGCUGGAGACAGGGAACUGGCAGUCCGCGGCACAUUGCUGUGCCAACAACAGGAUUUUUAAAGUCUGUCACGACUCCGUGUGCAACGGAGACGCACUAGAUUGAUAAGGAGAUUUUAGUAUAUAUCUUUGAAAUAAUGCAACAACCGAGACUGAAGUCCAUGGGAAAUCUUUAAAGUUUGUGGGAGCUUAGUGUUUUUCAUCUUGUCUGAAAUUUUAAUUCUACUUUAGAUAUUUAAUUUCAUCCAAAUUUCGACCCUUCCGCACCAUCGCCACCGGUGCCACCAAGGGAUGGAUCUCGUCUUGUUCCGUCACCCGGUAGAUCUUUCCAACCGGGGCCAAACGUAAGGACCAGAACCAGUGGAUCGGUGCUUGUGGAGGAUCCAGCCGCGCUUUUCUCUGACCACGUUACCUCUCGGCUCAGAUAAAGUCGGUGAUAGAUGUUGCAGCAGACAUGAGUUUUGGAAACAGAUUUUUGCUCGUUUCACUCUUUCUUGGAAUUGUCCUCACUCGCUUCAGCCACUGCAACCAAGUUGUGCUGCUGGAUACGACGUCUGUGCUUGGAGAGCUCGGAUGGAAGACAUAUCCUAUAAACGGGUGGGAUGCCAUCACAGAGAUGGACGAGCACAACCGACCCAUCCAUACUUUCCAGGUUUGCAAUGUGAUGGAGCCCAACCAGAACAACUGGCUUCGCUCCAACUGGAUCUCUCGACAGGCGGCCCAAAAGAUCUACGUAGAGCUUCGCUUCACCCUGCGCGACUGCAACUCCAUCCCUUGGGUGUCUGGCACCUGCAAGGAGACAUUUAACCUCUUCUACCAUGAGACUGAUGAGGCUCAUGGUGUCAAAUUUAAGCCUGCACAGUACACCAAGAUUGACACCAUUGCCGCCGAUGAGAGCUUUACUCAGAUGGAUCUCGGAGAUCGCAUUCUCAAGCUCAAUACAGAGGUGCGUGAGGUGGGACCCAUGACCAAGAAGGGCUUCUAUCUGGCAUUCCAGGACAUUGGCGCCUGCAUUGCCUUGGUUUCAGUGAGGGUUUACUAUAAGAAAUGUCCGUUCACACUGAGGAACUUGGCCUCGUUUCCAGACACAGUGCCUCGUGUGGACUCAUCCUCACUAGUGGAGGUGAGGGGGGCAUGUAUUGACCAUGCUGAAGAACGGGACACACCCAAACUGUUCUGUGGAGCUGAUGGUGACUGGUUGGUCCCACUGGGAAGAUGCGUCUGCAGCGUUGGGUAUGAGGAGAUUGAUGGCUUGUGCGGUGCAUGCCACCCAGGCUUCUACAAAGCAUUUGCUGGAAACAUCAAGUGUUCAAAGUGCCCUCCGCACAGUUUCAGCUAUGGAGAAGGAGCUGCGAUCUGCCGCUGUGAGAAGGGCUUCUUCAGGGCUGAGAAAGAUCCUCCAACUAUGGCUUGCACACGCCCUCCAUCUCCUCCUCGUAACUUGAUGUUUAACCUUAACGAAUCCUUUCUGACGCUGGAGUGGUCUCCUCCCAGCGACACCGGGGGCCGCCGAGACCUCACGUACAACAUCCAGUGCAAACGCUGUGGCCCGGAGCCCAGCCAGUGCCAGCUUUGUGAGGAGGACCUUCGUUUCCUGCCACGACCAUUAGGCCUGACCAACGCCACUGUCACCGUGAUGGACUUCUCAGCACACGCCAACUACACUUUUGAGAUUGAGUCGCUCAAUGGUGUGUCAGAUAUGAGCUCCUUCCCUCGGCAGGUUGCCAUCAUCACUGUCAGUACUGAUCAGGGCGGUCCAUCUCUGGUGGGGUCUCUGAAGAAGGACUGGGCCUCUCCCAACAGCAUCGCUCUCUCCUGGCAGCAACCCGAACAGACAGCACUACCCAUCCUGGACUACGAGAUCAAAUAUUAUGAGAAGGAACAUGAGCAGUUGAGCUACUCAUCAACACGCACCAAGGCUCCCAGUGUGAUCAUCUCAGGUUUAAAUCCAGCGACCUGGUACGUCUUCAGUGUACGCACCCGCACACCGGCUGGAUACAGCUCCUACUCCCCUAAAUAUGAAUAUGAAACUACAGGAGACUCAUCAGACAUGGCUUCUGACCAAGGCCAGGUGUUGGUCAUCGUCACGGCAGCAGUGGGUGGCUUUACUCUCCUCGUCAUCCUCACCCUCUUCCUCCUCAUCACUGGAAGGUGUCAGUGGUACAUCAAGGCCAAGAUGACCUCAGAGGAUAAAAGGAGGACCAGUUAUCAGAAUGGACACGUCCCUUUCCCUGGGAUAAAGACCUAUGUGGACCCUGACACAUAUGAAGACCCCACACAGGCUGUUCAUGAGUUCACCAAGGAGAUAGACCCAUCCCGCAUCCGCAUCGAGAGGGUAAUCGGAGCAGGAGAGUUCGGCGAGGUGUGCAGCGGUCGCCUCAGAACACCAGGAAAGAAAGAGAUCGCUGUGGCAAUAAAGACACUGAAAGGAGGCUAUGUGGAACGUCAGAGGCGGGAUUUCCUGCGUGAGGCGUCAAUCAUGGGCCAGUUUGACCACCCCAACAUCAUCAGGCUGGAGGGCGUGGUCACAAAAAGCAGACCUGUGAUGAUUGUGGUGGAAUACAUGGAAAAUGGAUCACUGGAUUCAUUUCUAAGGCAACAUGAUGGCCACUUCACUGUCAUCCAGUUGGUUGGCAUGCUGCGUGGCAUCGCCUCGGGCAUGAAGUAUCUGUCAGACAUGGGCUACGUUCACAGAGAUCUGGCAGCUCGAAACAUCCUAGUCAACAGCAACCUGGUGUGCAAAGUGUCAGAUUUCGGCCUGUCCCGAGUCCUGGAGGAUGACCCGGAGGCUGCUUACACCACAACGGGUGGUAAGAUCCCCAUCCGAUGGACGGCACCUGAGGCCAUCUCAUACAGGAAGUUCUCCUCGGCCAGUGAUGCGUGGAGCUAUGGCAUUGUUAUGUGGGAAGUGAUGUCAUAUGGAGAGCGGCCAUAUUGGGAGAUGUCCAAUCAGGAUGUGAUUCUGUCCAUUGAGGAAGGCUACCGGCUACCUGCGCCAAUGGGCUGCCCCGUCGCCCUGCAUCAACUGAUGCUGCACUGCUGGCAGAAGGAGAGGAGUCAUCGGCCCAAAUUCACCGAUGUUGUCUCCUUCUUGGAUAAACUGAUCCGCAAUCCUAGCAGCCUGCUGCCACUGGUGGAGGACAUUCAGAGUUUACCAGAGUCUCCGGGGGAGGAAAUAGACUACCCAAUGUUCAUCUCCAUUGGCGACUGGCUGGACUCCAUCAAGAUGAGUCAGUACAAGAGCAACUUCAUGGCAGCAGGCUACAACACAUUGGAUUCUGUGGCGAGGAUGAGUAUUGAAGAUGUGAGGCGUAUUGGGGUGGAGCUGAUCGGCCACCAGAGGCGGAUCAUCAGCAGCGUACAGACCCUUCGUCUUCAGCUAAUGCACGAACAGGAGAAGGGUUUCCAUGUAUGAGGACACCCUUUAACACAACCUGGGAUGGACAGAUUGAUGGACAAGACGGAAGUGAAGUCUAGACCAUAAUACAGACAGUCUACAGCCUGUGCCUGAGUCUUAACCCGUCAUACAGCCAGUAAAGUCUGUUUAAGGAGGUCAUCGGACAGACUCUCACAGCAGACUGCCCCCUGGUCUCCCUCACAUCAAGUAGUAACAGACUUUUUUCUACUAUACACCCCUUACCCAGUAUACCUGGUUCUGCCAGACUAUUACAAGACAGCCUGAUAGACUUUAAAGACUGGCCCAGGCCCUCACUUAGGGGAAUGUAAUGCCUUGUUGCAGCAGCAGUACUUUGUGUGUGGAGCAAAAAUAUCUAGAGAUGUAGAUUUGCAAACGUAAUUUACUGAAUCUUUUGAUUCUUUUCUUUGUUCUUUUCUCGCUCUGAGUUAUGUGCUCAUGUAGCUGCUAUUGGGUGUGCAAUCGAAAAGUUUUGUCCUUUGAAAAGAUAUCCUCACUAUUUUUUAUUUUGGAGUUUGAUAAUUUAUUACAAAGGUAUUAUUUGCAUUGCUUUAGUUACCCUCUCUCCAGAGAAUCUGGUACACUAAUACUUGAAGAAAGAAGUGUGAAGCAAGUUAUGGAGAUUUCUUGAAUGUUUAAGUGUAUAGACAAUUAAUCAAUAAUUAUUAUCAUAACCUAAUAUCUAUAUAUGUGCAGUCCUGUUUGUGAAAGCCCUAGUAAAUUUGGAUCUUAUUUAAAAUGUUUUAUUUAUUUAAGAUUUUUAUCCAAAUCAGCAAUACAGUAUUAUGCAGUCACCUCAGUAUCUCAGAGAGAGACGAAGAAUUGUGCAAUGAUUGACUUAUAAACAUGAGGCUCACACACCAUCCACCUGUUUUUUACUGUCACAUGCUAAGCUUGUACAACUGGAUCCGUUGCCUUCAGAUGAAUAACCAUACAAGUCUAUUCUGACAGUUUUUAACAGCUAGUGUGGACUCACAGUUGUAUAAUAAGCUCGAGUUAUUUGGAUUGUGAAUGUUAUACGUUGCCUGACAGUACACAACCUCCACUGUCUUAACAUAUGAAUGUUCACAGAACUUAGAUAUAGAUAGGAGAUGUUUGAAAUUGUCUAAAAAUGUAACAUGGACUUAUAUGGUUCUUCAGAUAUAGUUGAAAUCCUUUUGUAUGCAUUCACUGUUUCUUUGGCUGUACACACACUAAUACAGGCAGUGGUUUGACCUUCUGGGACGUCUCAGCUCAUCCAAGAUGUCAGAGCAGGACAGCAUCUGAGACGGAUUUGAGUUAUUCUAGCCCAGUCUGUUCUUACAGUGUGAUCAUGUAAAGGUUGUGGCACAAUAUUUGUGGCAGUAUGGGAAUGAAGUGUACAUAAAUGUAGUCUGAAAUGAAAACUGUUGGAUCUGCAGUAGUUGAUGUCAUGUUGCCAGACAUUUGCCAUUGAAAUCAAUGUUUUUUCUCCAUUCUCUAAGUCAACGGUGAAUAGGCAGUGCUGCAGGAUAUAACUAGUUAGUCGAGGCAGCAGAAGUAGCUAAAACCCGGUCGAUGCAAACCGGUGAGAAAGGCAGUAGUCUUGUGUGUUUAGGACAGAGCCCUCUGGCAGAGAACUUAAAGGGCGGCAGAAAGAAAGUGAACAUAAACAGCAGCAUCACAACUCAUCAUGUGUCACUCUAACAUCAACAGUAACACACACACGCAGACAUACAUACACACAGAAUGCCUUACAGUCCGUUAAUCAGGCAAUACGGAAACACAUUAGAGUAGUUCAUACGUUUCAUUGGAAUCAAGGGACCUAUCCAUUAGAUUAAGUUGUAAUCCAUAUUCAAGAGAACGACCGCCCACUACAGCUAUGUUUUUAUUACAAACAGGCUCGGUGAUAAAUGUUGAAGGCAAACUGGAUCUAGAGAACUGUGACUUUCGGUCACAGUGUAGUUAUGCAUCCAGGCCUUCGGGAGUAGAAAAGGUGCACGCACAAAAUCCAAGCACACACACAUACACGCAUAUAUUUGCACACACCCGCUCACGGUCACCAUCCCUCUACAGGAUAUGGAGAAUAUCAGAUGCUGUUUGUUUAGCAUGUUCUACUGCUGAGCAAUGUUAGAACGUUCUUUUGUACAAAGUACAAGUAUACUUAUAAUUCUUAUUCUUAUUAAUUUUAUUUUUCUAUAAUUUCCAAAGAGAUGUUGUAGAUCUUGCACACUGUAAGAGGCAGUUACAGCGAAUAUUUAUUUGCAAAUAAAGAUGAACAGUUCUGGUGGUUGACUGCUCAUUUCAUAUGGUUUCGAUUUUUAACUUAGGAACAGUGAAGUGAAUCAAAGCAGAGAUGAUUCAAAUGAAGACUAUCUUACAUC